UCUGGGCUCCUCUCCCCUUCCUCCCCAGCCCCCCAAACUGAAAAAAGAACCCUUGUUGGGUUCUUUUUCCAGCUCCUCCAUUUUUGUAGUCUUUAAAGCAGCAGUAGUGCUGCUGCUGCAAGAUUGAAAGUCCGUCUUGGUCAUCACAAAAUCUUUGGCUUUAUCUAGUCAACUAAAGAAACCCCUUUUCAAUAAUUUUAUUGAUUUCAGUGCCGUCCUGCAGAAAAAAGGGGAAAGCCAUAUACUUUUAUAUUGCUGGAGAUGGAACUUCAGAUUCAAUCAGAUGUCACUACGGAGAGGUUGAUGCUUCCACCGCCACCUGGUACAUUUCAGGAUCGUGAAGAGCUAAUCAAACAUGUCCGUGAGUUUGGCGCAAGCCAGGGAUAUGUGGUGACUAUUAAGAAGUCCAGGAGGGAUAGAAGAGUUAUACUUGGUUGUGACAGAGGAGGUGUAUAUCGCAACAGAAGGAAGAUGGAUGAAAGCAAGCGCAAAAGGAAAGCAUGUUCACGCCUUAUCAAUUGUCCUUUUGAAGCCAUAGGUAAGAAAGAUGAUGAUGUUUGGGUGCUUACAAUCCGAAAUGGAGAGCACAACCAUGAACCUUUAAGGGACAUGUCUGAGCAUCCUUAUAGUCGUCGUUUUACUGAGGAUGAGGUCAGACAAAUCAAGCAAAUGACGGAAGCUGGUGUAAAACCGCGUCAAGUGCUUAAAACUCUAAAGCAAAGCAAUCCUGAGUUUCAGUCAACACCAAGACAUCUUUACAAUCUCAAAGCUAAAAUUCGUCAAGGGAAAUUUUCAGAGAACAAUUUUAAGUCAUGGAGACCCAACAUGUUCAUGCCUUUAAGUACAUCUGCUGAUGAAUUGGAAAAACAUAGCUACCCUCUGAGGGUUCCUAAUUAUAUUGGAGGUAAAUUUGAAGAGUCACAAGCCAGUGAAAGUAUUGAUGUCAUAAAUCCUGCAACUCAAGAAGUUGUUUCCCGAGUUCCUUUGACUACCCAUGAAGAGUUCAAAGCUGCAGUGACUGCUGCCAAACAUGCAUUUCCUAUGUGGAGAAACACGCCCGUCACAAUGCGUCAGCGGAUCAUGUUCAAAUUCCAAGAGCUCAUUCGCAGGGAUAUAGACAAGAUUGUGGAGAAUAUUGCAACAGAGCAGGGAAAGACACUAAAUGGAGCCAAAGGCGACGUGCUUCGUGGUUUAGAGGUUGUUGAACAAUCAUGUGGUAUGGCAACUCUGCAGAUGGGGGAGUUUAUUCCUAAUGCCACAAGUGGAGUUGAUACAUAUUGUAUUAGAGAACCUCUUGGUGUUUGUGCUGGUAUAUGCCCCUUGAACUUGCCAGAAAUGAUUUCUUUAUGGAUGUUUCCUAUUGCAGUUACAUGUGGCAAUACAUUUAUUCUGAAGCCAUCUGUGAAGAAUCCUGGAGCUUCAAUGAUGCUUGCAGCAUUGGCUGCAGAAGCUGGUUUACCAGAUGGUGUUUUAAAUGUUGUUCAUGGUGGCCAGGAGAUUAUCAACUACAUGUGUGAUGAUGAUGAUGUAAAAGCUAUAUCCUUGGUUGGUUCAAAUACUGCGGGUAUGCACACAUAUGCUAGGGCAGCAACUAGAGGCAAACGUGUUCAGUCUAAUAUGGAAGCCAAAAAUCAUGCUGUUGUCAUGCCUGAUGCAAAUCCCGAUGCUACUUUGGAUGCUAUAAUCGGUGCUGGUUUUGGUGCUGCUGGGCAGAGGUGCAUGACUUUAAGCACAAUUAUAUUUGUGGGAGGCUUGGCUCCAUGGGAGCAGGAGCUUGUAAAUCGUGCAAAUGCACUGAAAGUCAAUGCUGGAACUGAGGUUGGAGCUGACCUUGGACCAGUUAUUAGCAAAGAGGCAAAGGAUCACAUUUGUAGUUUAGUGCAAGGUGGUGUUGAAAGUGGUGCUAGACUUCUUCUUGAUGGGAGGAAUAUAGUGGUUCCUAGAUAUGAGCAAGGUAACUUUUUGGGCCCUACUAUAUUGUGUGAUGCUGCAACCGACAUGGAGUGCUACAAGGAGGAAAUGUUUGGGCCAGUUCUUCUUUGUAUGCAGGCUGACAGAUUAGAAGAAGCCAUUGCCAUUGUGAAUAGAAACAGGCAUGUGAAUGGAGCUUCCAUCUUUACUACAUCUGGGGUCGCAGCUAGGAAGUUCCAGAAUGAUGUUGAGUCUGGGCUGGUUGGAAUAAACGUGGCUGUCCCAAUUCCUUUGCCAUUUUCGUCGGUCAAUGGUUCAAAAGCAUCUUUUUCCGGUGAUCUCAAUUUCUGUGGAAAGGCCGGAGUGCAGUUUUACACACAGAUAAAAACAGUAGCACAGCAAUGGAAGGACUUGCCAACCAGAAGGGUAUCAUUACCUCAUCCUCCAACAUCUGAGACAGAAAUCAGUUCUCGAGGGACAUUCUUAUCACAGCCACUUUCAUCUGAGAGUGAUUUACCUAGCAGAGAAGUGUCACCAGCUAUGCCUCUAGCUUUGGAGAAUGAUCUGCCGACUGAAAACUUAUACCUGCCAUUGCCCCCAAGUGAAGGGGAUGUAUCAAACGUGGAAGUAUUGCCUUCUACUCCACCAACGAGAGAGCCGGAAUUACCCAAGCAAGAAGGGGCAUUGGCCAUGUCUUCGAUAUCUGAAAGGGAUUCAGUUAACCUGAAAGUAUCAUUGCUGAUGCCUCUAGCGGCUGAGAUUGAUGCUGCUGGGCAAAGUGAAUCAUCGUCCUUGUGUUCGGUAUCUGAGCGGACAUAUCCAUGUCAAACCUCUCAAUGGGGUGAUCCACUUCCCCUGAUAUCACAAAGCACUGAAACUGCUCCAUCAACUGCUAAGAAGGUUUAUAUGGCUCCAAAUUCUCAGAGGAUUGACACAUUAACUCCUGGAAUCCAAAGGACAGAUACUGUGGACGCUUCAGAUUCUGAGAGAUUGUACUUUCCUGUGACUUGUAGUAGUGAGAUAAACCCAAUAUUUCUUAGGAAUGACAGUGUUAGUCCAAUGUCUCUCAGGCAUGAUAUUCAGAUGACAGACAUAAAUGUGCGUCCUGCUUCUGAGAUGGUUUAUAUGCCAGUAAUGUCUGAGCACAAAGAAAGUGUUGGUCCAACCUCACAAAGGACUGGUGUACUCCAUUUGAAACCAGACAAGAUGUACAUGGCGUCUCAUAGGAGAGAUGGUAUGGGUAUGAUGCCUCUAAUGGCCAAGGCAUCAGUUCCUCCAGCUUCUGGGAGUUUGUACAUGUCUACAUCUUGCUCAAAUGUGAUGGCUUCAACGUCUGACAAGAUGAGUGUACCUACAGAGAUUCAGCAUGACGGUAUAUCAUCAAAAUCUGAGAGGUUAUUCAUGCCUGCAAGUUCUCAGGGCAUAUAUGCCGAAAACCAAAUAAUGUCAGCACAUAAUUAUCGUGGCCAAAUAACACCACAAACUCAUCCUUCCUCUCAGUCAUUAUAGGAUGCAACUUUUCCUUAUAAUUCUAAUGCAUAUGGAUACAACUUUUCUCUAGAAUGGUUAUAGAUUUAGCUUUUUCUCGCUUACAUUUUGAUUUCAAGACAUUGACCCUCAAGAGUAAUAACUUUGUACUCCUGCUCGUCAGUUCAAUAAAUGCCAGAAAUCUGUACUGCUGUGCAUACUCUA